UGUCAAUGAGUCGAGUGUGUGGCGCGGCGAGUACUCGUACUCGUAGUCGUACUAAAUACUGUCGGCUGGGGAUGGUGGAAAAGAACAACAAAAAGUAGACGUGAUUUUCGAACGGAUAAAUGCCCAGAAAUGAAGUUACGAGUAAGAUCAGAAGGUCGAACAGAAAAGGUGGAUUUUGAAGGCGACCCUACGGUAGCAGAAGUAAAAGAAUCCGUGGCUCAAGCUUUCGGUCAAGAUGUGGGGAGCUUUGAAUUGAGUCUCAAUGGCCAAGAAGCACUGGUAAGUGAGCCGGACUCCCCCUUGUCUCACUGCGGUAUCGUAUCGGGAGACUUACUGCGCAUCAUCAGAACAAGUGAGGGCGCUAUCGGAUCUCGGAGCACAGUAGAUCAAGCCCCAGCCUCCCAAUGUCUUGGGACUGGGCAGACAGGAUCGGAGCCAGCUUGUGUUGGGUCUAUGGAAAUUGACGAUGGCACUCAAAACCAAACCUCAAAAGGGGCGUGCAGAACACCCAACAACAAGAGCCAAUUGGGAACUCCUGCAGCUCCAGAUUUGAACUCAACCCGAACGAUGUCAGCAACAACAGAUGAGUCGCAAGGCCCGAGUGGUUGCCAAGCAAGGAUGGAAGACGGAAAUGAGGAUGCGCCGAGGUCGGUCAGAGAACCCAUGCUGUGUCGGAGCGCAACGGAUUGCCUGAUACCGCAGAGGCUGAGAGCGCUGUAUUCAGGGAACAGACCAAGAACUUUAGAAGAAGCACUAUGCAUUGUCCUCCAUGUAUUGAUGGUGGAGACUGGGUUUCAAACAGAGCCCGUGGCAGACAGCAGUGAGAGCAAUUCGCAAGUGGAAGAUAGUAGGCCUGGCACCUCCACCUUCUGCAAGAAACAGCCCACAGCGCCCUCUGUUGAUGAUGCAAGGGCAAGCAUGCCGGCCAGUUGGAGGGUCAGCGGGGUCCACAGGCUGCGUUACUGCCAUCCGUCUUUAGAGGGCGCUGUUUGUAGCAUUGCGUGCGUGCCGGUCGGGAAGCAGACGGUAGUGUAUGGCGUAACAGCUGGAAAGACGUCUUUUACUUUGCAGUUGAACCCAAGUGAAUAUGUGACUAGCCUAGGGGAACAGCCCGUGUACACCAACCUACCACAGCUGUCCAGGCUAUUCAAGGAUUCCAUUGCCUACUCCUUGCUGCUGACCACAAGAUCAGAGUUGGGUCUUGUUCCUCUGAAUGGACUCCUGGCUCUUUUCCCUGAAAUUCAACUCCUGAUUCUGAGUUUCCUGGACCUACGAAGCUUACUCAACGUGUCCGAGGUCUGCAACCACUUUUACAACAUGGCCACCGACAGGUCGCUAUGGCGACAGCUCCUGCUGCGAGACUUCGGCUGCAAGGAGUCCGAGCAGUGUCUUGACUGGAGAGAGCUCUACAAGCAGGAGUACAAGAACAAGAAGGAUUUGGAGAGAUAUCGCAGGAACCUGAUGGAUCGGUCCGUCCCUGUCCGACCAGGCAUGUUCCUUCCACCACCUCCCCUACCACCAAACAUGCCAGGCUACCCUCCAGGCUACAGAGGUGGGGAUUAUGAUCUGGACCCUUUUGCCAGCCUGGCCCCACCGCACCUUCUCCCAAUCAGGAGAGACCCCACCAUCAUCCCGUUUCCGGGCCCAGACAUCGUCCCAUUUCCCAGCAGAGACCCCAUCCUGAACCCCCUGCCUCGGGUCCCCAACCGUCGGGAUCCCCUGGGUAGCGGCCAAGGGGGUAGGGGCGGGCGCUCGUCAGGGAGUGGCAAUAGGGGUUUCUAUUUCUGAUGAGAUUUGUCGAUUAAUUUUCAAGUCAUUUUAGUUUGCUUUAACACAAUUUUAAGGCUACUGAUUUUCUGUUCUGGAAACACAAAAAUGGAAAAGAAAUGACGACAUUCACCUUCUGAAGUUGCCUUUAGGUUUUUGAGAAAAAAAAACCUAAGGUGUGUGUUCAAGUAUGCCAACCAUUUUGAGAUUUAAAAAAAAAUAUGUAAAUAUGUUCAAUUUCACACAUGAUGUACAGUUUUGGAAGAUUUUGUUGAAAUUCUGUAGAAAAGUUAACAUUAAACUUUCACUACACUAUGUACGAUGUAUAAAUUGAGUUUUUGUUGUUAUAUCUGUUGUUGAAUUAUAAUUAUUUCCUAAAAUAGAAAAACAGACUUUUUAAAAUGGAAAAAUUGGUUGACCUACCCCUUGAAUAAGAAUCUCUCUUUUGAUUUUGUGUAGAACUAUUAAAAAAUUCAUAUGCAAUUUUGACUCCAUUGAAAAAA